CUCCUAGCAGGUGAACCAGGAAGCGAGGAGCGGGAGACGGCAGCGUUCUGCGGUUGCUUAGUAACGGCCUUCGCGCGGUAUGACGGGAAGCCACACAGUACCCACGCUGUGACCUCUCCCCCAGGCCCCCCUCCUUCGUACAACACGGAAGCAUGGCGACCGCCCAGGGAUCCCCGGUGUCCGCUUGUUCGCAGCGCAGGCUGAGGAUCAUCUCCGGGCACUUACAGGCCGCAGCCCUGACUCCCAACCAGUGCAAGGCCCCGGUAGCUCCUUCCAUCCCUAAGAAGCGACAAGAGCUUCUGAAGUGGAACGGAUGGGGUUACAACGAUUCCAAGUUCACGUUCAACAAGAAGGGCCAGGCCGAAUUCACCGGCAAGAGGUAUAAACUGAGUGGUAUGGUGCUUCCGGCCUUGCGAGAAUGGAUGGAGAAGACAUUUGGUGCUAGUCUGGAUCACAGAUCUACCUCUCGAGCAUCUUUAAAUGUAAGCGAUGCCCCCCCAGCUAUCGUCAACGAGGGCUUCAUCCAGGACAUCAAAGCCAUUGGAAUUUCUUUCUCUCAAGAUGUUGAAGACCGGGUUUUCCGAGCUCACGGUCAUUGCCUCCACGAGAUGUUUGCACUCAGGGAAGGAAUGUUUAAAAGGAUCCCAGACAUUGUCGUGUGGCCAUGUUGUCAUGAUGACGUCGUACGGGUUGUUGACCUGGCCUGUAAGCACAAUGUCUGCGUCAUUCCUUUUGGAGGUGGAACAAGUGUCUCCAGUGCAUUAGAGUGUCCUGAAAAUGAGAAGAGAACCAUUGUCUCUUUGGACACUUCACAAAUGAGCCAAAUUCUCUGGAUUGAUGAGAAGAACCUGACUGCUCACAUUCAAGCUGGUAUCACCGGUCAGGAUUUAGAAAAACAGCUCGGGGAGAGCGGUUACUGCACCGGUCACGAGCCCGAUUCCAUGGAGUUCAGCACGUUGGGAGGCUGGGUGGCUACACGGGCAUCGGGCAUGAAGAAGAACAUCUAUGGAAAUAUCGAAGAUCUGGUUGUACACUUAAAAGUUGUAACUCCCAAAGGCAUAGUGGAGAAAAGCUGCCAGGGGCCUAGAAUGUCUACAGGACCAGAUAUCUACCAUUUCAUUAUGGGAUCAGAAGGGACUCUUGGAGUGGUUACAGAAGUCACAAUUAAAAUCCGACCUGUUCCAGAAUAUCAGAAGUAUGGCUCCGUGGUCUUUCCGAACUUUGAGCGAGGUGUGGCUUGCUUAAGAGAAGUGGCAAGACAGAGAUGUGCUCCUGCCUCAAUCCGCCUUAUGGACAAUGCACAGUUUCAGUUUGGGCAUGCUCUUAAACCUCAGGUGGCCUCAAUUUUUACUUCAUUUUUGGAUGGGUUAAAAAAAUUCUACAUCACAAAGUUUAAAGGCUUUGAUCCGAAUCAUCUUUGUGUUGCAACUUUGUUGUUUGAAGGUGAUCGUGAGAAAGUCCUGCAACACGAGAAACAAGUGUAUGACAUAGCUGCAAAGUUUGGAGGUCUGGCAGCAGGCGAAGAUAAUGGGCAGAGAGGUUACAUGCUGACAUUCGUCAUUGCUUACCUUCGGGACCUGGGCAUGGAUUAUUAUCUGAUAGGCGAGUCGUUUGAGACCUCUGUUCCAUGGGACAGGGUGCAGGAUCUCUGCCGGAAUGUUAAGGAGAGGAUUGUUCGAGAGUGCAAAGAAAGGGGCGUGCAGUUCCCCCCGUUUUCAACUUGCAGAGUGACGCAGACCUACGAUGCUGGCGCCUGUGUAUAUUUCUACUUUGCCUUUAAUUACAGAGGCCUAAGUGACCCUAUUCAUGUCUAUGAAGAAAUCGAGUUUGCCGCUAGGGAAGAGAUUCUUGCUAAUGGUGGGAGUCUUUCACAUCACCAUGGAGUGGGCAAGUUGCGAAAGCGGUGGCUGAAGGACAGCAUUUCACAAGUCGGAAUUGGAAUGCUCCAAUCUGUCAAGAAUUUUGUCGAUCCCAACAAUAUCUUUGGAAACCGAAACCUUUUAUAAGAAAAAAGAAAAGAGAAAAGAAAAAAAAAAAAGCUCUAUCUGUAAUUCUGUCUCUACGUCAAAAUGUUGUAAUACUGCCCAGAGAUCCCACCGAACGGAAGCCCGAAUGAAAUAUACGACGAAGUGAGAGGAAAACAAAUUCCUCGCGUUGAUCAAAUGUCCUUUUUGUCAGAUCCAGUGUUUAGGAAGACUCUCGCUAAGAAUUGGACUUGGCAAUCUGUGCUAGGGAGGGGAAGGGGGGUUGGUGGGGGGACAGCUGCACUUUUUGCCGACUGCUCUUGACCCUCCAGACAUAUGUUACAUUAGCGUGCCCUCGGUUGUCAGGGCUUGAAAAUUCACUUUGUCUCAGCCAGCCAGAAGUGCGUAGCAUGCUGCCGUUUAAAGCAAAUGGCAAUUUCUUAAGCCAGUCAAGCAAGACACAGAUUUAUCUGAAUACGUUUUGCCACGCACGGGCAAUUUAUAUAUAUUUUUUUUAAUAGCACAUAGUUCGCAAGUAAGAGGUUCUGUAUCAGCUGAGGCAAUACGGAAAUCACUUGUGCUUCCUAAUGUACUAAAUAAUCGACCUAACUAUAGGAAUACUCACAGGCACUGUCUAAAGUCCAGAAGAUAUAAUGUCCAGUCCUGUAUCACUCUCAUGGUGGCGCUGUUUUCAUGGCUGCGGAGUAUUAGUCGGCGACCAUGAAUGUUGUGAAAAACCCCUUUUAUUGGGUAUUGAUUUAUAAAAAAAAAAAUUGCAUAAAUAAAAGGGGAAUUAUCAGGAACAGAACGUUGCGAGACAGGUGGAAGGAAAUAGGUUGGCUAUUUUCAGAACCAAAAUGAGAGCACGUACCCUUCCCUGUACAAUCCCCUCGCUGGCAAAUAGGCCGCCUUCUGUACUACCUACUUAGUGAUAAAGGCUUUUCAUAACAAUCUGCAGAUAGGAUGCACAAAGCGGCUGGUCCUCAUUUCCUUGUCGGAGGGUGGCAGCUGCUCUGUGCAAAAGCUUCCCUAUCGAGAGACAAAGUCUAAUGCUUAGAAGUGUCUGCAGGAACAGCUGUUCUCCCUGCCUCCUAUGAGCCGUCUCCUGGGAAGGAAACCGCAUUAACACCAUCAAGCUUUACGAAAGCUCUCCCUGUGUCUUCAGAGUUUUUUUUUUUUUGUUUUUUUUUAGGAUCUUUUGCUGUUACGUUAAAUAUUUAAGCAGCUUUUGCAUAUAUAUUUUUUUCAGAUGGCAAAUAAAACUGGAACAUAUGUCUUCUCACUCAUAUCACUCAAAUUUGGCUGCUGAGAUCUCCUUCGUUCUCGCUCCACUGUUUGUUCUAUGGGCCCCUCGGAGUUCUGCUGUAAGGGGCGGAUUCUGCUCUUUAACUCUCUCACUCCUGCAGCACUUCGAGCAGAGAGCUGGUUAAAAUCCUGACUUAGCCAUAAUACGUUGUUGUUUUUUUGUACAGAGACGCUAACAUCUUCAUAUUGUAUGUUCACUACAGAAUUUGACAUAAAAUUAAUGCUUUCACCCAAA